AUGGCGUUUCUACUUGAAGGCGAGACAGAUGAGACGCUGGCUGCAGCAUUUGCGUUUCUGGACGAGCAGCAGAAAUUGUCGACAUCGCUAAAGGAGCCACUCGAGGACAGCCCUACUCUUCCGUCCUUAGAUGACCCAGAAGCUGCCGACGUGCUGGAUGAUCUGAGUGCAGAGCUCCCUGCAACGGCGGACAAGGCGAUCAAGAGCAUCAGCUGGACUGCAGCCAACCCCACCCCGAAGCUUCUCUCACAACUUCGCUUUAAUCGCCGCCAGGUUAAAAAGCCAUACGUGCGUAAAAAACCUCUGAGUUACAACCCGAACAAAGCGCGAGAUGAGCGCAAAUUGGAGCUGGUAUACCUCCGCCAGAAAGUGACCGACAUGGAGAUGGAGCUACUGAAGCUACAGGAAAUCAAGGAAGCAACAAACCCCGACAGCCAUUCCACUAAUGAUGCAGUGCCCCGGGUCUGGGAGAAAAUGUGCGCGCGUCAACUACAACGCCGAGUAAAGGCAGAGCGCGAAAAUGCUCGUCUGAAAGUGGUAUUAGAGGGCCAGAUUAAGAUCGCCAAGAGCAUGGAGCAGAUCCUCAAGAAGCGCACCGUUUUGCGUGCUAUGGAGUCCUGUGGCAGCAACAAACGCACGAAGCACACGAACCGUCGACCCGAACCUCGUGCCGACGCGAAGAUCUUCGAGAUCUUGCUUGCUGGUGUCGAGGCCUCGUACCGUGAAGUUGAUGCUGUGUUCGAGGCCAAUGGUCUUGGCCGCACAGAAGCCCCCAAGAGUGACACUCAAAUGCGUGAUGGUGUGAACGGCAUGUAUCUCGAGAUAUUUGCCAACAAGAUGAUUCCGUUUGGCAUGCAUGCUACGGGCCAGGCUGUGUGGCAGCACUUUAAGGGUACGGAUAUCCCUUACCGCUGGUUUCACUCCAAGUCAGCCGGUUCGAUCGAGUCGACAGAAGAUACAAUGGUUGAAUGCUUCGACAUGGAUAUGUAUGAUGCCAAAAGCAAGACAACAGCCGAGUUCAAUGUCAAACAGAUCCUCCGUCGUUAUGUUGAGGAAGACCGCGUUGUCAUCGUCUGGCGCUCGCACAUUGAUCCACUGGAAUUUUCUAACAAACGUUUCGCGGGUAUUCAUUUCGAGGAGAAAGGCUAUGUGGUCAUCAAGCCUCGUGCUCACAGCGAAGAUAGUAGCGGUGACCACGACGACUUCACACUGCUGCAGACUUGCUACAUCAUUACCCCCGAUCUGUCCGACCAAUCACUGAAUGAUGAUGCCAAGACGGGAGCUCUUACCGAAUUUGUCAUGAGCUCAACGGCUGCCAAUAUUUCUGCUAGCCACGAGAUGAUUGAAAACGUCCUGUUGGACCAGGCUUUGCAGCAGCGCAAGCGCCAAGAGUAA